GUGACAUCCAGCGGAAGUAAACAAACCAAGCGGCAGCGUUAGCCGUGUGUAGAAUUCACUGGAAGGCUUUACUGCAGUUGUAGCGUCGCUAAUUAUUUAAUUUGUGAUUAAUUAACAAUGUCUUCAGUUGAGUGUUUGAGAGAGUUUGUCAACGAGCGACUAACUGCUGCUGCUGAAGAAAUAUUCCGAGUUUUUAUAAAAACUAUCGUCGAGUACGAGGAAGAGAUCGAUCGUCAGCGCAGACUGCUGGAUAUCGUUUGGAAACCCGAAGUAAAGUUACACAGGAUAGAGCUCCCACAGCAACAUGUCUGGAAGGAGGAGGUUCUGGCUGACCAGCAGCUCUGUAUUCAGGAGAGGAACUCCAGUCUGGACCAAGAGGACCUAGAGCUUCCACAGAUUAAAGAGGAACAGGAGGAACUCUGUACCAGUCAGGAGGGAGAGCAGCUUGUACUGAAGCAGGAGACUGAUACCUUUAUGUUGACUCCUACUUAUGAGGAAAGAGACCACAGUGAAGCAGAACUGAAAAGUGACCACCAGCUCCUCUCUCACAGCUGUCAUGUAGCUGAGAGCCAAGAUCAGAAAGGAGGCGAGCAUGAAGACUCAGGAUCAACUAGAGAUGCAGAGCCAGAACAAAAGAAUCAAGAUCACAAAAGCAGAAGCCACAGAAACAAUGUAAACAAGUCUACCAUGUCAGAGGUUCACCAUAAUCCUCACACAGGUAAAAACUCUUUAAAAUGUGACACAUGUGGAAAGAUU